CUCAGCUGGGCCUGCAGAGGGGUGCUCAGCGCUGCCUCAGGACGGACCUGCUCUGUGCUGCCUCGGGCUGGCUUGGGUCAUUUUAAGCUGUCAGAGUCACCUUCACAAGGGGGUCCACAGAACUCACAUAGGAGCCACCAUGAGAUCAGAACCCACCAAUGCAACAGGAAAUGCCACGGCGGUCACCUCUACUCUUCAGACUACCUCAGUCCCCACGAGCUGCCACACGUUGUCCUACGAGGAGAGCAGAGUGGUCCUGGUGGCGGUGUACAGCGUGGUGUGCAUGCUGGGCCUACCGGCCAACUGCCUAACUGCCUGGCUGACACUGUUGCAAGUCCUACAGAGAAACGUGCUCGCCGUCUACCUGUUCUGUCUGUCCCUCUGCGAGCUGCUGUACAUCAGCACCAUGCCUCUGUGGAUCAUCUACAUCCAGAAUCAGCACAAAUGGAGCCUGGGUCAGCAGGCCUGCAAAGUGACGGCUUACAUCUUCUUCUGCAACAUCUACAUCAGCAUCCUCUUGCUCUGCUGCAUUUCCUGCGACCGCUACAUGGCCGUGGUCUACGCACUGGAGAGCCGAGGUUACCGGCACCAGAGGACUGCUGUCACCAUUUCGGCAUGUGUGGUUAUUCUUGUUGGGCUUGUCAACUAUCCAGUGUUCGACAUGAAGGUGGAGGACAGCUUCUGCUUUGAGCCCCUGGGGAUCAACAGUAAGAUAGCCAACUACUACUACCUGCGGUUCACUUUUGGCUUUGCCGUCCCUCUCGGCAUCCUUGCCUUCACCAAUCACCAGAUCUUCCGGAGCAUCAAGCUCAGCGAUAGCCUGAGCGCUGCGCAGAAAAACAAGGUGAAGCGCUCCGCCAUUGCGGUUGUCACCAUCUUCCUGGUUUGCUUUGCUCCCUACCACGUGGUGCUCCUCAUCAAAGCUGCCAGCUUUUCAUUCUACCAAAGAGACCAGGCUGCUGUGUGUGCUUUCGAAAACAGGCUGUACACCGUCUCUACGGUGUUCCUGUGCCUGUCGACGGUCAACAGUGUGGCUGACCCCAUCAUCUACGUGCUGGUUACAGACCAUUCUCGGCAAGAAGUGUGCAGGAUCCACACGGGGUGGAAGAAGUGGUCCACGAAGACAGAUGUCACCUACUUGAAGGACUCUGAGGAGACGCACUCACCCACAGCGCUUAUGAACGCAUACACCUUCCCCAGUACUGUGCACCUUCCAGGCUCACAGCCAGUGGAGCUAGGGUCACUGGGCUCUGCCGGAGAGACUGCCUGACGACCUCUGCUAAGCCCACUCUACACCAACACCGGUCACAUCUACCUGGUCCUCUGAGUCACCAUCUGGGGUGUCCACAACACUUCAGAUGCCUUUUCGGAGCACACGCUGCUGAUCUCUCCUUCUUAGGCCACCAACUCUGAAAGUCUCUGUUCCUUAGGUGUCUAGGACCUUCAGGCUCUCCUCUAUGGAAAGCGGUGGGUGCUAAGGGCACCAGUCAUAACCCUAGGCUUCCAGGGCCUCGGGGAGCAUGUGGCUGGCAGGACAGCUCUUUAUCAGCCGGGUGCUCUGCAGGGCUCCCAAGAGCUAUCAGCAGGGCACUUGACAGAGCACUUUAUGUUCUACGAUUUCCUACAUUGUCCAGUGGCUAACACUGGACAUCCUGGGCUUUCCACAGAGAUGGACAUGAACCCAUUCGUGGUUACCACCACAGCGUUACAGCCAUAGGGGAUAGGAGUCCAACCCUGAGGGGACUGGUUCUGAGUAGACAGAAUUAGCUUCUAGGGGAGCCAUGGAGCAUGGUAACCAGUUGCUCCAGCUCCUAAUGGUCUCAUGCAUCCUCCCCAGGGACCCCCUCAACCGUUUACAUUAGGAAGUGCUAGUGGACACCCCAGGAAGAGGUUGGUAUAGCUGCUACCAGAGAAGGGGAUAUCUGACAUCUGUCUUUCUUUGCCUUGCAACCUCUGGCCUUGACGGCACAGAGGAGGUAGGCUGCGGCUCCUGAAAGAGCAGGUCAAGAGCAAGCCCCACUCUGCCCCAUUUGCUCCAGUGUUGGCUCCGUGUCAAGUCCCAGCUCCGCUCUUGCUGAGUCACCCCAGUGUUUUCCUUAGCUACCUCACUGGGUCACUCACUGUUGGGACUGGCUGACACUGAGCCACCGCCCCCUCACUCCAGAGACUCCCGAUACACUUGGAGUGCAAGGGCCAAGGAUCCCUGAGCAUGGCGGGCCUCAGAGAUGAUCCUCCUGAAGCACACACAUCACAAAUGCUGAUCAGAGACUGGGACCUCAGGGCUUAACUUCAGUUCUUCAGUGCUGAGAAUAAGAACACAGGGAUAGAAGUCGACUUCCUACUUCCUUUCCUUGCUGUUGCUUAUAUCUUAUUUGUUGGAUAAACGGUUUCUGGCACCUCA